ACUAUUUGAUUUAGAGUGUUUGCAAUAGAAAUUUUUUAAUCAAAUAUCCAUGGAGUAAAAUCCAUAUUUCAUUCUAGGUAAAAUAUUUAUUUCAUCCUACUCUUGAUUCAUUCUUAACAGUCAAAAUCAAUCAGCCUAAGUUAUAGAUUCAAAACUGGAAAAGGUUAGGGUCGUUACAUUCGAGACGAAGACGAUGAGUUUGGUUCGAUUCUGAAGUGUUUAGAUGGAGACGAGCAUCCUAGGGUUGGCUUCUUUCCCUUGCUACACAACACCAAACCGUUCUCUUCCAAAGCUUCGGAUACUAUCUAUGCGACAUCAAUAUCCCCUUGCAAGCAAAAUCGUUGUUAAAAAUUUACCUUACUUUACUCGUGAGAAUACUUUGCAAACGGAAUUUUCUAAUUUUGGCAAGAUAGCUGAAGUUAAUAUGGUAAAAGAUGCGAUCACAGGAAGAUCGAAGGGAUUUGCUUUUAUUCAAUACACAAGUCAGGACGAUGCCAUGCUUGCACUAGAAAACAUGGAUCAAAAGAAUUUUCACGGCCGGACAAUCUCUGUAAAUCUUGUAAAACUUGAUCCUUAUGAAUUGUGUGAACCCCCGCCAAGGGCCACAGGGCCACCAAAGAAGUGUAAUUUACCAAAACCAAGGGCCUCAGGGUCACCAAAGAAGUGUAAUUUACCGGAACCAAGGAAGUGGAAUUUACCUAAAGAGUAUGUAGAAGAUGUAGAUUGCUGGUACUGAUCAAAUUUCAAAUUUAUAAAGCUGUAGAAGAGACAAUGAUGGAACAAGUAUAUCAAGUUAUUGAAGGAUUGCUAUAGGCUUGAUGAAACAUCAAGUUUUAGAGUGUGUUUAAAACAGCGGUGACAGUUUCAUUGAUGUGCAUUGUGUUUGAUUAGCAGUGGACGACGACGACGACCUAUAACACGGAAGCAAACACACUAUUUGUAAUGUUGGUUUGUACAUAUUGAUCUUUCACGUCUUUUUGUCUGUCAGUUUGGCACAAUAAAAGGUGUUCUUUGAAGCCAAUUUUCAGGGUAAUUAACUUUGAUAUAUUUCUAUACUUCCUGCAACAUUGCAUUUCAAUGUACAUACAGGUAAUGCUGAUUUAGAUUUAGCA